CUGGCGACCCUGCUCGUCCCGGUCGUCGCCAUGCCCCGCUUGCCGCCCGGGCUCGUGGCUUCCGCUGCCUCCGCCGCGUCCUCGGUUGCUCUUGCCCUAAUCGGAUCUGAUGCAUCCUUUCGAAAUCAAACCAGAAUAGGAAACGUGGGCACAGGAAAGACAGUUGGGCAAUAUUAUGUGUAUUGACACGGUUUCUUUCCCUCAAUCUCUUUUAUUUUUGGUUGGAGCUUCCGUCGAGGUAGCUUCCAUCUCCAUACUUCCUGGAAUGUAAAGUAGUGUUAUCACGCCAAUUUCGGCCAGUGAAAGAUGUAUUUUGUUUUUUUGUAUUUUUAGAUGUGAGGAGAGCAUCUCUUGUGCUUUACUAUUAUCAAGGCUGGGAAGAGUCUUUUAGUGAUCUGCAUGGUAUUUCUGAGUUCUUUCUAUUUUUGUAUUCCUACAUACACGAAAAGUUGUCCUUG